ACACAGAUGAGCUCAUCAUAUGCAAGAUGAUCGCUUUUAUUCAGAUGCGAGAUAACAGAGAGCAAAAAAACCCUAUGUGUUCAAGGCCAUUACACCGAUUGCACAAUAAUCUAGAUUAGCCCACUAUCACAGCCUUUCGAAGUCCCCUACUCUACAAGAAAAUUCAAGCGAAAGUCAGAAGCCAAGAUUUCCAUUUGACAGAAAACCCACGCUACAACAGUCAACAUAAAGCAACGAGUCGGUCCCAAUUAUGAGUUCUGAUUCUGAACAGCUGUGUGUUGUGGAUAGCGACACAGGCCAAAUUCUCUACUACUUCAAUCCUACCACAGGAGAAAUGAAAUGGGUUAAUCAACCUCCCAAGGAAUUGGAAGUUUCAAAAGAUUGCAGCAGUCAACAAUCCGAUUCACGAGCAGAUAACAGCUUCACCCCAACUGAUGAUGCUGUAAAGCCUUCCAUUGAUGCCUCCCCAGGGAACCCCCCUACAGUCCAAACUGCAUCUGGAGUAGUUCCCAAAGAAUGUUCAAACUUUAUAUCUGGUGAGGUGGUGACAGUACUUCUUGAACCAUCCCCCAAGAAAAACAAAGACAACGGUUCUGCAGAACAGAAAAGGGGCAAAGGAGCUGAGAACAGUUCAGAUGGUUCAUCAAUAUCAGUAUUUCAGUGUCAGCAUUGUGAUAAGGUUUGCAGCAACAAAAGACAGUACGUGAAACACCUAAGGUAUCACCAAAAGUCUUUCAAACACAAAUGCCCUUGUUGCCCUGAGAAGUUCAAUGACCCAUCUAGCUUGGCAUUGCAUGUGGCAUGUCACGUAAAAUCCAAAGGGUUUCUAUGUGGGCAAUGUAACAAGUGUUUUACCUCUGAUCGCCAACUAGCAGAGCAUAUGGUUCAACACUCCGGAAUCAAGCCAUUCAUAUGUCAUUUUUGUAGAUCUGGUUUCACUCAUUCCUUAGCUCUAUCAAGACAUGUUAUACUCCAUCUUAAUGAACAGUCUUGUCGGUGUAAUUACUGCAAAAAGUCAUUUAAAGGCAUCAGAGAGCUUUCAGUUCACAUCCUUACUCAUAUGGACUCCCAAAAGUCUCAAACUAGAGGAGUGGCAUCGGAUUGUGAAUUUUCCAAAAACAGUUUUGAAGGUGAAAGUAGCCUGAAGCAUAACACAGAGAAAUUUAAUCAGCCAAGAACCCCAGCUAAAGUCCCUUCCAUUAACCCACUACAGCAACUUCAAGCUUUGAUAUUCAAGGAAACACCAUCAUUCGAGAGCCGCACCAGACAGAACAAACCACCACCGUUGUUGGCUAGUAACCAAGUUAGUGUAAGAGCAGAGCGAUCAGACGUUGCUAUGAAGGAUGUAGCCAAAUGUAGUCAAGAUGGUGAAGGGGUUGUUGGUCCAUUAAAACAGCUGCAACAGCUAGCUGGCGGUAAGGCAAGCUCCACCAAAAAACAUCAAGAAAGGCAGGUAGCUAUGGUUGUAAACCUAUCUGAAGUCUGCAAUGGUGUUGAAGCCAAGCCCAAACAUGAUAGUCCGAUGGAUGGUAAUCCAAGCCCUUUGCCUCAAGGGGCACAUCCUGCUGACUCUAACAGUACUGAUGGUGCGGGAGACCUUAAGAUCUUGAGAUGUAACAAGUGUGACAAGAUCUUUUCAAGUUCGUCGGAACUCGUCAGGCAUUUCCACCAUCAUAUGGAUGUCUACCAGUGUACCAAAUGUGACAAGACCUUCGCGCGGGAGUGUGAACUCAAGAUGCAUUUGAUAAUGCAUGAUAGCAAACCCACCCUGACCUGCCCAAAAUGCGAUAAGACAUUCAUACACUCGCACGGACUCAAUCUUCACCUUCGUGUCCAUACUGGCGAAAAACCCUUCACGUGCAAACACUGCGGCAAGGCGUUCGCCCACUCUGGAAACCUUACAGUCCAUCUGCGCACGCAUACUGGUGAAAAGCCGUAUCAAUGCGAAUACUGCCACCAGGCGUUCAAUCACUCUAGCAACCUUAAGAACCACAUGCGCCUGCACACGGGGGAAAAACCGUACAAGUGCCGCGCAUGUGACCGCACCUUCUCGCGUAGCUCGCAUCUUCGCAACCACGUGAUCAGCCACAGCCUUGGCAAGACCGAGACUCCCAUGCACAGAUGCGAGGUUUGCGACAAGAGUUUCCCAGAGCUUGAUCUUCUCACAGAACAUCUCAAAACUCACAAUGACAUGCGCCCUCACCAGUGUCGCUUCUGUGGCAAAGCAUUCACAGUGCCCAGCGGUCUUGCUGUCCACUUGCGUACUCAUACUGGCGAGAAACCUUACCGCUGUGAGUAUUGCAGUCGUGCGUUCAGCCACUCUAGUAAUCUUAAAGUACACGUGCGCACGCAUACCGGUGAAAAGCCUUACAACUGCCCCACGUGUAAGAUAACGUUUGCCCGGAGCUCAGACCUACGAAGACACGUCUAUCUGCAGGGAUGUUCGCAGCAAAACAAGAAUAUGGGGUCACCAGUCGUGAAGCAGGAGCAGAAGUAUGCUGGGAAUAACAAUGAGAUAAAACCACGUGACGGAGAAGCGAAGGGACUGGACUACUUGUCACGUGAUCAGCAUGCCACUGGGCCAAGCGGAAGUCAGGAAGCCAUCACACGAGUUGAUCCGGUGAUAGAUGGACUUGGUCGAGAGGGAGAGGAGCAUCCCUUGCCACUUAAAAAGCGACGACGAGAUUCAGUCCCAGUCUUCUCCGAGGAUACCACAGGUCGCCCAACCGAGGGAUCCGCUCUUAGCAAGUUACGUCCAGAAGACAACAUGAAGGAGGGGGUCAGCUCGUCACAACAACCACCCGCGUUUUUGCUGUCAACGCUGGCUCUUAAGCCGCGGGCUCCACAACGAGAGGAAAGCGAUUUGCGUGAAAUGCACAAGGAUCAAUCUACGAGACCGGAAGUGGUUUCAUCGUCCCAGGGGCACCCUAGACCAAACUUCCGCAAAAUUGCGUUACACAAAGAAGACAGUCCUAAUGCAAGACCCAUUCCCUACGACUCUACAUCCAAAACGAAAGCCAGUCCUCCACAGCUUGUGUCAAACAGUGAGUCUCUUGCAGCCCCCUACCUCACUUUCCCAGAGGCAACAUUACACAAGAAACCCAAGCCUGAAGAGCUAGGGAUGUAUUCUAGCCAAACACCGCCACAGAGGAAGCCCACACACAAGGAUGAAGCAGAACAGAGAAGGUCCAGUCCUCAACAGCCCAUUACACAUAGGGAGCCCAGUCCUCAACAGUCAAUGACACAUAUGGAGCCCAGUCCUCAACAGUCAAUGACACAUAGGGUGCCCAGUCCUCACCAGUCAAUGACACAUAAGGAGCUCAGUCCUCAACAGUCCAUGACACACAGGGAGCCCAGCCCCCAACAUUCGAUGACACAUGGGCAGCCUAGUCCUCAACAGCCGAUGAAACACAGGGAGCCCAUAGUUGGUGCUCCAAGUACUCAGGAGCCUAGCCUGCACAGGGAUCCCAAAUCACACCGCGUCGUUCCUGAUCCUCGUACAAGUAAUAAGGAACCCACACCACAGGGGGAGUCAAGUCAAAGUGUGUCAAGCCCUCAAGCGCCGACCUUCGACAGUGAGCUUAUCAUCGAGACAUCAAGUCUGCAACCCUUGCAAGCUCUUACAGAGAGUAUCCAUUUCUAGAGAACCUAGCUGACUGAAACCGAGAACGGAUUUAGAAUCUGAUUUGUAUAAACGGUGAAUAUAUUUCUGAAUACUUGUUUUUAGCGCACUAGCGCUUAUUUCGAACUUAUACAAGUGUGUAAGAAAUUUUAUUGUUAUUCAAAGUUUUACUAUUUUUAUUAUAGAUGAUCUCAUUCGAUCAUGUUUUUGAUUUUACAGAAUAUAUUAAUAGUUAUCAAAAAAAAAUUUCUCUCUUAGCAUACCUCCUCAAACAUCUGUUAAAAGACUAAAUUAUUGUAAAUGCUGAGUCUUUUGUCUAGCUCGUUUCCCGGAAAACAAUAGGAUCCAUAAUACAUCAAAUAAAAUGUUCAUUGUU